GCGGUGUGCCGCCGCUUCUGCGGCGUGGGCGGUGGGCCCUUGGCCUUGGCGGCGGCGGCGCUGGCCGUGGCUGGGGCGUCCGCGGCGGGCCCAGGCGAGGCCGUGGACUGCCUCCAGGCUCCUGGCCGCCACGGACACGGACCAGACGGAGGAGGAGGCUGAAGACGACGCCACGACGCCCUUCCCGUCGAGCCCAGGGCCGCGCGCUGACACGAGGCAGGAGAGGAGCGCGCGGCGGCGGCGCUCGAGGCGGCGGGUCCGUGGUGCAGCUCCGCGCAGCGUCUUUGGGGGGCGCUCCGCCGCCGACCGCGGCCGCCUCCAGAGGCCUCGCCGCUGCGACCGCCUCGGCGCCCGCCGCCCAG